AUGGGGCUCCAACCUCCCCCAGAUAAGACGGAAGACUACUACGACCUUGGCGACUUUUACAUGACCAUCACCACCAGAAGCCACGAUACACAGAUAUGGUUCAACCGUGGGCUCGUGUGGUGCUACGGGUUCAACCAUGAAGAGGCCGUCAAGUGCUUUGAGCGGGCGGCUCUGACAGACCCCGACUGCGCCAUGGCAUACUGGGGUCUUGCUUAUGCCCUGGGUCCCAACUACAACAAGCCGUGGGCUGCCUUUGAUGACGAGGAAGGAAGCCGAAACCUGCGGCGGGCCAGAGAAGCUGUGGUUGCGGCAUUGGCAAAGGCGGCGGCGGCGGCGCCGGUGGAGCGAGCACUUGUUGAGGCUCUCCAGCAUCGGUACCCACAAGAUCGAGGGGAGGCCAAGCAGGGAUACGUCUGGAACCACACGUUUGCGCAAGCCAUGGAAGUGGCAUACAAUGCUCACCCAAGCCAUCCCGACGUGGCCGCCGUCUAUGUCGACGCCUUGUUGAACCUGACACCAUGGGACCUCUGGGACUUGCGAACAGGAGCACCGACCAAGGGGGCGAGGACACUGGAUGCCAAAGCGGCCUUGGAUGACGCCCUCUCCAAGCACCCAAACCACCCUGGAAUGCUUCACCUCUACAUUCACCUCAUGGAGAUGUCGGUCCAGCCCGAGCUUGCCCUGAACGCGGCCGACAGACUGUUGGGCAUCAUCCCCGACUCGGGCCAUCUCAACCACAUGCCAUCUCACAUUUACAUGCUCUGCGGAGAUUACCGUUCCGCGAUAACUUCCAACUCGGCGGCUGUGCGGGCGGACCAGAAGUCUGUGCAAAGAGACGGCGCCAUCAACUUUUACAGUCUGUACCGCUGCCACGACUUGCAUUUUCGGCUUUAUGCUGCCAUGUUUGCGGGACAGUCCGCAGUGGCUCUAGAAACAGCCCAGUUGCUCGAAGAGGCGAUACCGGAAGAGCUUCUGAGAGUGCAAUCGCCGCCAAUGGCCGACUGGCUGGAGGGAUUUCUUGCCAUGAGGGUACAUGCGCUCGUUAGGUUUGGUAAGUGGCAGGCCAUACAGCGUCUCCCUUUACCAAAAGACAAGUCGUUAUACUGUUCCACGACGGCCAUGAUUCUCUACGCAAAGGGUGUGGCUUUCGCCAAUACCGGGAGAUUCCAAGAGGCCGAGGAAGCGCGAGCUCAGUUCCAGAGUGCUGUCAAGACCGUGCCCGCCUCAAGGACAGUCUUCAACAACCCGUGCCAAGCUAUCCUAGCUAUUGCCUCUGCCAUGUUGGAUGGAGAGUUGGAGUAUCGUCGGGGAAAUAUCGAGCUGGGUUUUGAGCAUCUGCGCAGGUCUAUUGAGCUGGAUGAUGCUCUGCCGUAUGAUGAGCCCUGGGGCUGGAUGCAGCCGACCCGGCAUGCUUAUGGGGCUCUGCUGUUGGAGCAGGGAAGAGUAGAAGAGGCCCUUGCGGUGUAUGCAGCGGAUUUGGGAUUCGAUGGCACCCUUCCCCGAGCCUUGCAGCACCGAAAUAAUGUGUGGGCAUUGCAUGGCUAUCACGAAUGCCUCACCACGCUCAAGAGGGAAGCCGAGGCCAAGAUUGUGUGGCCCCAGUUGCAGAUUGCUUUAGCGGUAGCAGAUGUUUCCGUCAUGGCUUCCUGCUUUUGCCGGAAGAUUCCAGGUGGUACCCACAAGCUGUAG